UCCAGAAAAAAAAAAUACACCCACACCAAGAAAAAACAAUGGAGCAAUUCAAAGGACAAUCAAGAUUACCUAAAUUCGCAGUACCAAAGAAAUAUGAUCUGAAAUUAAAACCAGAUCUUAUUGAUUGUAAAUUCAAUGGAACUGUUGAAAUCAACAUUGAUAUCAAAUCAGAGACUAAAUUCUUAGUUCUUAAUGCUGCUGAUCUUGUUUUUCACAAUGAUUCUGUGUUUUACAAGACCCCCACCUCUGAUAAGGUUUUUAAACCAUCAGUGGUGGAAUUGGUGGAAGCAGAUGAGAUUGUUGUGUUUGGAUUUGAUGAGAGUCUUCCUCUUGGUGAAGGGGUUCUUGGGGUUACUUUUGAUGGGACUUUGAAUGAUAGGAUGAAAGGGUUUUACAGAAGUUCUUAUGAGAUUAAUGGUGAGAAGAAGAAUAUGGCUGUUACCCAAUUUGAACCAGCAGAUGCUAGGAGAUGUUUUCCAUGCUGGGAUGAGCCUGCUGCAAAGGCUACAUUCAAGAUAACAUUGGUUGUGCCAUCUGAUCUAGUGGCACUGUCCAAUAUGCCAGUGGUUGACGAAAAGCUUGAUGGGGAUCUCAAGACAGUGUCAUUCCAGGAAUCACCUAUCAUGUCAACCUAUUUGGUGGCUGCUGUUGUUGGUCUGUUUGAUUAUGUAGAGGACCACACACCUGAUGGUAUCAAGGUUCGCGUAUACACUCAAGUUGGUAAGGUAAAUCAAGGGAAGUUUGCAUUAGAUGUUGCUGUGAAGACGCUUGAUCUGUAUAAAGAGUACUUCGAAACUCCUUACACACUCCCCAAACUGGAUAUGAUUGCUAUUCCUGACUUUGCUGCUGGGGCUAUGGAGAACUAUGGUUUGGUCACAUAUCGUGAGACUGCUUUGCUUUAUGAUGAGGAGCAUUCAGCAGCUGCUAACAAGCAACGGGUUGCCAUUGUUGUUGCUCAUGAGCUAGCUCACCAGUGGUUUGGAAAUCUUGUUACAAUGGAAUGGUGGACACACUUAUGGCUGAAUGAGGGAUUUGCGACAUGGGUGAGCUACUUGGCAGCCGAUAGCUUGUUUCCUGAAUGGAAAAUAUGGACACAGUUUCUUGACCAAACAACUGAUGGUCUUAGACUGGAUGGACUUGCAGAAUCACACCCAAUCGAGGUUGACAUAAACCAUGCUAGUGAAAUUGAUGAGAUUUUUGAUGCUAUAAGCUAUAGAAAAGGUGCCUCUGUUAUCCGGAUGCUACAAAGCUAUCUCGGUGCUGAACCUUUCCAGAGGUCACUCGCGUCAUACAUAAAGAAGUUUGCUUGCUCGAAUGCAAGGACAGAAGAUUUAUGGGCAUCUCUUGAGGAGGGAUCUGGGGAACCAGUGAACAUGCUAAUGAAUUCAUGGACAAAACAGAUGGGGUAUCCAGUAAUUUCCGUACAACUCAAAGAUGACAAGUUGGAGUUUGAUCAGUCACAAUUCUUGCAAAGCGGAGCUAGUGGAAAUGGUCAAUGGAUUGUCCCAAUUACAUUAUGUUGUGGCUCAUAUGAGGCUCACAAGAACUUUCUGUUGCGGUCAAAAUCAGAAUCUUUGGAUGUGGUGGAACUUCUUGGGUCUUCGGAUGUGAAAGGGAACCACAAGCAGUGGAUUAAGCUUAACAUUGACCAAGCUGGUUUCUACAGGGUAAAAUAUGAUGAUGAUCUCCAAGCCAGGCUAAGAUAUGCCAUUGAGGCCUCAUCUCUUUCUGCAACUGAUAGAUUUGGUAUUUUGGAUGAUUCUUAUGCCCUAUCUAUGGCUUGCAAGCAGUCAUUGUCAUCUUUGUUUACCUUGAUGAGUGCGUACAGGAAGGAGCUCGACUAUACUGUCUUGUCACAUUUGAUCACUGUGAGUUUCAAAGUUGCAUCAAUCACUGCUGACGCUGUUCCAGAAUUGUCAACCUACCUUAAGCAAUUCUUCAUCACUCUCUUCCAGAGUUCUGCGGAGAGACUAGGUUGGGAGCCACGUCAAGGUGAAAGCCACUUGGAUGCUAUGUUGAGAGGAGAGAUCUUGACUGCUCUCGCCCUUUUUGGACAUGAUCUGACGCUAAACGAAGCAGUUCGACGUUUCCGUGCAUUUGUGGAUGAUAGGAACACACCACUUCUCCCCCCUGACUCGAGAAAGGCAGCAUACGUUGCAGUUAUGCAGACUGUUACUGCAUCAAAUAGAUGGGGCUAUGACGCACUUCUGAAAAUUUAUAGAGAAAGUGAUCUUAGCCAGGAGAAAACACGCAUUUUAGGCUCACUUGCCUCUUGUCCAGAUCCUAGCAUCGUCCUCGAAGUUCUGAACUUUGUGUUAUCACCUGAGGUCCGAAGUCAAGAUACUGUUUUCGGACUAGCUGUAAGCAGGGAAGGGCGUGAAACUGCUUGGUGUUGGCUUAAGGAAAAAUGGGAUCACAUUUUGACUACCUAUGGUCCUGGAUUUUUGGUGACACGUUUUGUCGGUGCUGUUGUCUCUCCGUUCUCUUCAACCGACAAAGUAGCUGAAGUAGAGGAAUUCUUUGCCACCCGCACGAAGCCUUUCAUUGCCAGAACUUUGAAGCAGAGUCUUGAGCGAGUUCACAUCAAUACAAAAUGGGUCCAGAGCAUUCGUGACGAAAAGGCUUUUGCUGAAGUUAUUAAGGAAUUGGCACACAGAAAUUACUAGAAUGGUCAACACGUCGAAAUUUACUACCACUUGAAAACUAGUUUAGCCCUUGAAUAAAAAGCAUCAGAUAAAUCUAGUCUUUACUAAACCUUCGUUUUAGCCCUUGAAUAGUUGAUUAUUAUGGCUUAAUUGGGUUGUACUACGUCCGUGCGAACAGAUUAAGACGUUUUACAGUCCUCGUUAAUUCACGAAUGUUCAGCUUUAUAGUUCAGAUGGGCUUGCCAGUUGCUUUGUCUUCGGUUUUACUCUUUACUAUUUCCAAUUCUCUCCUAGGUCAUGAUUCCGUAUCUGUGAACUGAUCAUAUUGGAGAUCAUAUUGGAGUUCAAACAUUAUAUGAGAA